AUGCGUUUCUCCAUGGUUGCUAUCCCGGUCAUCGCCGGCCUUGCUGCUGCGCAGAAUCCUGUCUCGGCCGUCUCUUCCGCGCUAGCCUCCGCCGCUGCCAGCGCUGCGGCGUCCCAAAUCUCCUCCGCGCAGUACGCCGCAUCGAGCGUCCUCGCAUCUGCAAGCUCUCGCGCCGCUUCUGCCGCUUCUGCAGCAUCCAGCCACGUUGCCAGCGCCUCCAGCCACGCUGCGUCCGCCGCAUCCUCUGCCGCUAGCGUUGCAUCUUCAGCUCGCUCGGCUGCCAGCUCAUACGUGGCGUCUCCCUCCUCGCGCGCUUCUUCUGCUGCAUCCCGCGCCACCAGCGCUGUCGUUGCUCCUACCGGUACUGGCGCUACCGCUACCGCAUCGCGUACUAGCUCUGGCGUUGCACAGUUCACUGGCGCUGCUGCCCCUAUCGCAGUGGAGGGUCUCACUGGCGUCAUUGCUGCUAUGAUCGGUGUUGCUGCUUUGUUGUAG